GUUAGUAGAGUACAAUGUGUUUGACAGGAAUCUGAACGACAGGAGGGGGCGGCGGCACACGAGUGGAAAUCCGCACCUUCAAGAGAUCGCCAUCACUUUUCCCCCCUUGCGUGUAGUCCGUUAACCGCGGGUAGGCGAAUGCGGUGAAUUAUUUGGAGGCUCAGCAACAGGGCACACAGAGUACAGGAUGCCGCUGAGUGUAUCAACCCCGCGAGCGGGGAGCUCCCGCGACUAGCGCCGCGCAAAGUAUCCAAAAAGGAGAAUGCGAAUGGUUAGAGAGGACAGGAUUCAAUUAACAUGGAAACGAUGUAGCUUCACCGCCGCAUUGCAUAUAGCUCGGGGAAACAGGUUAGAAAGUAGAUAGCAAAAUAGGGCGCAUUUUGCCGUCAUACAUGCAAACUUACUCCUCAUCAAGCUCAACUAGCCUGUAGUUUGCUGCAACAAAAGAAACACCUGCUCGACAGUGUCUUCAGAUACCAACGAAGACAGAAGAAUUAAAGAUGUUACGGAGGAGGCUCAACCGAUUGUGUGGAGGAGAUGAGAAGCGAGUGGACAGCAGGACAAUCUAUGUAGGACAUCGGCCAUGUCCGGACACCGAGGCCUUCAUCCCCUCUAAAUUCUGUGACAACAGGAUCGUGUCCUCCAAGUACACAGUGUGGAACUUCCUGCCAAAGAACCUAUUCGAGCAGUUUAGAAGAAUUGCUAAUUUUUACUUCCUCAUCAUAUUCUUGGUGCAGGUGAUUGUUGAUACCCCGACCAGUCCCGUGACCAGUGGUUUACCUCUGUUUUUUGUCAUCACAGUGACGGCCAUCAAACAGGGAUAUGAGGACUGGCUGCGGCAUAAAGCAGACAACGAGGUGAAUAAGUACCCGGUGACAGUGUUAGAGGAUGGCCGGUCGGUGAAGAAGGAGAGUGAAAAGAUCAAGGUGGGCGAUGUGGUUGAAGUGGUGGAGGACGAGACCUUUCCCUGUGACCUGAUUCUGUUGCAGUCUAGUCGAGAAGACGGUACUUGUUUUGUCACCACAGCCAGCUUGGAUGGAGAAUCCAACCACAAAACACACUACACUGUGCCAGACACAGAGAAGGACCUGCAGGCUCUCCCUGCCACCAUCGAGUGUGAACAACCCCAGCCUGACCUCUACAAGUUUGUGGGUCGAAUGCACAUUUACAAGCCGGAGCAGGAGCCAGCAGUAAGAUCUUUGGGCCCAGAGAACCUUCUCCUAAAAGGUGCUACGUUGAAAAACACCAAGAAGAUUUCUGGUGUCACAGUAUACACGGGCAUGGAGACGAAGAUGGCACUCAACUACCAGGGCAAAUCUCAGAAACGUUCAGCUGUUGAAAAAUCCAUCAAUGCCUUUCUGCUGGUGUAUCUGUGUAUCCUCAUCAGUAAAGCUGUUGUGUGUACUACGCUAAAGUAUGUAUGGCAGAGCAAAGAAGGUCAGGAUGAGCCCUGGUACAACCAGAAAAAUCAGAAGGAGAAAGACACUAAUAUGUAUUUGAAGAUGUUUACAGACUUCCUCUCCUUCAUGGUCCUCUUCAACUUUAUAAUCCCCGUGUCCAUGUACGUAACCGUGGAGAUGCAGAAAUUCCUGGGCUCUUUCUUUAUCACUUGGGAUAAAGACUUCUUUGACCCGGAAAUCCAAGAAGGCGCGCUUGUCAACACUUCAGACCUCAAUGAGGAACUUGGCCAGGUGGAAUAUGUAUUCACAGACAAGACGGGCACGCUGACCCAGAACAACAUGGAGUUCAUCGAGUGCUGUAUAGACGGCUUCCAGUACAAACACAGAGACACCCGGAGCGAGCUGGACGGCUUCACUGUGACGGACGGACCUGUGAAUAAACUGCAGCAAAAGGCUGGACAGGAGAAAGAGGAGUUGUUCCUGCGGGCCUUGUGUCUGUGUCACACGGUCCAGGUGAAGGAGGCUGGAUCGGAAGAAGUACUUACGGACCAAGUUGACGGGAUCGACGGGAUGCAGCCCCAGCCAGAGGAGGAAAGAGGCUUCAUCGCAUCCUCUCCUGAUGAGAUCGCACUGGUCAGAGGAGCCAUGGAAUAUGGCUUCACCUUCCUUGGUCUGGAGAGCAAGAGCAUGAAGAUAAAGAACAGGGAAAAUAAUAUAGAGGAGUACAAGUUGCUCCAUGUCCUAAACUUUGACCCAGUUAGACGGAGAAUGAGCGUCAUCGUGCAGACCAAAUCAGGGGAGACGUUGCUUUUCUGUAAGGGAGCUGAUUCUUCCAUCUUCCCAAGAGUCAAACCAGAGGAGGUGGACAGGAUUCGCAUGCAUGUUGAGCGAAAUGCAACGGAGGGUUACCGUACACUGUGUGUGGCCUAUAAGCAGCUGAGUGCUGAAGAAUAUGCCGUGGCAGACACUGGGCUGAGGGAGGCUAGACUGGCUCUCCAGGACAGAGAGCAGAAACUCAUGGCCAUGUAUAACCAGGUGGAGACGGGCAUGAGUUUGAUUGGAGCGACCGCUGUGGAGGACCGACUUCAGGAGGAGGCAGCAGAGACCAUGGAGGCCUUGCAGGGUGCUGGGAUGAAGGUUUGGGUGCUGACAGGGGACAAAAUGGAGACGGCAAAGUCUACCUGCUAUGCCUGUCGUCUGUUCCAGCGGGGUACAGAGCUAUUGGAACUGACUGUGCGGACACUGGAGGAUGGGAGGUUAAAGCGUGAGGAGAAACUUCUUGAGUUGUUACGGGACUACCAUAGAAGAGCAGUGCAGGACGCCCCACCUGUCAAAGCUGGGGUCACCAGGAGCUGGUCUACUGCAAAUCAGGAUUACGGCUUCAUCAUAGAUGGGGCGACGUUGUCGUUAGUGAUGAACCCAUCGCGUGAGGCGGAUGCCAGUCAGUACAGGAGCCUCUUUCUGCAGAUCUGCCAGAACUGCACUGCUGUGCUCUGCUGCCGCAUGGCCCCCCUGCAGAAAGCUCAGAUAGUGAAGAUGGUGAAGAACUCCAAAGGUUCCCCAAUCACUCUCUCCAUUGGCGAUGGGGCCAAUGACGUUAGCAUGAUCCUUGAGGCACAUGUGGGCAUUGGUAUUAAAGGUAAGGAGGGCCGUCAAGCUGUGAGGAACAGUGACUACGCCAUUCCUACCUUUAAUCUUUGCUUCAUCUUACCUCAGUUCCUGUACCAGUUUUUCUGUGGAUACUCUCAGCAGCCCCUGUAUGACGCAGCCUAUCUGACGAUGUACAACAUCUGCUUCACCUCCAUGCCCAUUCUGGCCUACAGCCUGCUGGAACAGCACAUAUCCAUGGAGAUUCUGCUGGACAACGCCGCCCUCUACAGAGAAAUAGCCAAUAAUGCCAUGUUACGCUGGCGCCCCUUCCUCUACUGGACAGUAUUAGGAAUUUUUCAGGGUCUUCUGUUCUUCUUUGGUGUCCGUUUCUUGUUCAGCAAUCCAGCCUUACAGGAUAAUGGGCAGGUCUUUGGAAACUGGUCUUAUGGAACAAUUGUCUUUACCGUCCUUGUUUUUACUGUUACAUUGAAGCUGGCUCUGGACACACGGCACUGGACGUGGAUCAACCAUUUUGUGAUUUGGGGCUCUUUGGCUUUCUAUGUUUUCUUCAGUUUCUUCUGGGGAGGCAUCAUAUGGCCGUUUUUGAAGCAGCAGCGUUUGUACUUUGUGUUUGCCAACAUGCUGAGUUCAGUGUCUGCCUGGCUGGUUAUCAUCAUCCUCAUCCUCCUCAGUCUGCUGCCAGAGAUCCUUUUGGUGGUCCUUCGCAAGCCCAGAGGCCCCCAUUCACGACAGAAAAAGCCAAGUCAGUCGAAUGUGGGGGGCAGCCAGUCCUCUCAGUCUUCAGCCAGACCCCUGCUCAUGAGAACCUUUUCAGACGAGUCCAAUUCUGUCAUAUAAACAGCUGUCAGAGGAUUCCUCGACUGACACAUACAGAUGGCUGCUGUCACACCUCUCUCCUACAAGCAUCUGAAGGAGCGC